CAAGAUCACAAUUUCUGACGUUGAGCUGCAGCAGUACUCGUGUGCUUGGUGAAAGCAGCUGUAUUACUGUGCGGAAAUUGUUUGAGAUAAUUUAAUAGCAUGGAAGCUAAGCUAAAGAAGGAGUUGGGGACAAGUAUGCUGAAGGCAACGGGACACUCAGGAGGCGGAUGUAUCAGCGAGGGCCAGAGUUAUGAUACUGACACUGGGAGGGUGUUUGUAAAGAUAAACCACAAGAGCCAGGCCAAACAGAUGUUUGAUGGGGAGAUGGCCAGUUUGGAAGCCAUUUUAAAGACAAAAACUGUGAAAGUCCCCAAACCUAUGAAGGUGAUCGAGCUUGACAACAAAGGAUGUGUAUUUGUGAUGGAACAUCUUGACAUGAGGGGUCUUAGCAAGCACUCAAAGCAGCUUGGAGAGAAGCUGGCAGAUCUUCAUCUUCACAACAAGAAACUGUUGGAAAAAACAAGUGAAGAGCAGCAGACAGUUGGGAAAGGAGCUGGACAGUCAGAAGUGGUGGCUGUUGAAAAAUUUGGCUUCAGUGUCACUACAUGCUGUGGAUAUCUGCCACAGGAAAAUGACUGGGAGGAGGACUGGGUGACAUUUUUUACCAGGCACAGGUUGCAGCAACAGCUUAAUGUGGUGGAGAAAUCUUAUGGAGACAGAGAGGCCAGAGAACUAUGGGCCAAGCUACAGCUAAAGAUCCCCCAGUAUUUUACUGAUGUGGAGAUUGUCCCUGCUCUUGUCCAUGGAGACUUGUGGAGUGGAAACGUUGCAGAGUGUGCAGAGGGUCCAGUCAUCUUUGACCCAGCUUCCUUCUACGGACAUUCUGAGUUUGAGCUGGGUAUUGCAGCGAUGUUUGGUGGCUUCAACAAUGCCUUUUACUCUGCAUACCAUGAAAAGAUUCCCAAAGCACCUGGCUUUGAAAAGAGAAACCAGCUUUAUCAACUCUUCCACUAUCUGAAUCACUGGAACCACUUUGGUGGUGGUUACAGGGGCUCUUCAGUAAGGAUUAUGAAGAAUCUACUAAAAUAAUUGCACAACAUUAACUCAUAGAUAAGCUUCACAGUCUUAAAUGUCAGCCAAGUAUUACAUGAAUUAAAAUACAUAUAAGCAAAGUCUCACUUGAACAAUAACAAUUACAGAGACAAAUUCUAAUGCUCUAAAGUAAAUUAUAUUACAUCAUGUAGAAAAUGCAUUAUAAAGAAAAAAAAACAAUCUUCAUAAAUAUUGACUAAAGAAAAUGAUAAUGCAAAUCCUGAUCUGCCUACCCAUGCAGGACUAACCUGUAGCAGGAAAAAACAGUUUGAUGUACUAUUUUAAUUAUAUGUUUGAACAGUAAUUUAAAGAUACUUAUCAAUUUGAGAUUACUUUUCUUCCUCGGGCUCUCCUCAGUAAGAGUGGAAGAAUAUCUGAAAGUUUUAAGUUGGUAUGCUGCAAAUCCAGGGGUGUAGAGUAACCAACAUUUACUCAAAUCACUUUGAGUAGCUUUUUGUGCACUUGUACUUUUUGAGUAGUUUUAAAAAUGAAUACAUUUACUCAAGUAUAAUUUGCAGAAAGUAUUGUACUUCAUUACAUUUUAAAAAGCAUUAGUACUGAGUAACAAACAAACACUAAAAGCCAAAGUGAGGAGGUUUAAGCUUUUUGUCAACAACAAGAAAAUGGUCUGUAGUUUGACUUUCACAUUAACUGACUGUCAGUAGCACAUAGUGAGAAAAUGACUCCACAUCCCAUGCCAAAACUGCAGUUGUAUUUUAGUUAAGUCACAUCUUAUUAUAAACAACCUGGUUGGAGAUCCAUAUUCUGUUGGUGAUGUUAUUGCACAUUUAGGAAGCCGCAUACAGUAUUUUAGUGUACAAGCUCCUUUGGUAUCAAAAGUAAAUACUUUGUACAUUUACUUGAGUACAAUAGUAUGGCACUGUUUCCACCCCUGCACAAAUCUUUGCAAACUGUAAAUCUUCUACAAGACUUCCAUUUACCCAAAACUAGACUGAAUGAGGUAACUGUGCAAAGAUCAAGUUUUAUCUCAUAAAAGCAAGGACUAUAACUUUCUGAGUUUGUCUUGAUAACUCACACGCUGCAAACAAUUUCCAAAUGUUGCUGUUUAAAAAUAACAACUCCUUGUAAUGUAAACUAUCCACUGCAUUAUAACCAAUAAAUCCUGGGAUGAUCUAAAAUGUG